AUGUUGGCAGCAAGGCGCAUGCCGCCCAGCUGGCUGGGGAACGAGCACCACAAGGUCAAACUCAUGGUCAACCUUGACAUGAUUGGCUGGAACAACCCUAAAGACCUCACUGUGGCGCUCGAGACGCUGAAAGAAUGCGAGCCCAUCGCCGACCUCUUCGUCAAGGUUGCCGCCACGGUCUGCUCCAUUCCCGUGGCCAAGUGCCUCAAGCCCUGGGGAUCUGAUCACAUGGCCUACUUGCAUAAGUCCGAACUCUUCUCACUUAUAAGAAAGGAUGUUGUGAACACGAAACUGACUCAACUCUACCCCACCAGGGGCAUGCCAGCCAUCUUGACCAAUAACCGCAAGUGCGAGGACUACUGGUACUAUCACUCGAUGGCCGACACGGAGGACAAUGUCGACCAGACCGUCGCCGAGCAGAUCCUGCGCCUUGACGUGGCGGUACUUGCUCACUAUGCGCUCGGCGUCGCGCCCAUUUCGGAGGCGAUGGUUGCUCGACUCGCCAAUAAGGCCAAGCAUCUGACCAGUUCCUGGGAAUGA